AUGCAGUCAUACAUGUAUGUCUUUGUCUGGCUAGGGUUAAUGGCAAUUUGCCAAGCGUUUCCUUAUGCCCAAUCUAAACGCUUCUUUGGGGGCACCCUGCAACACCGCGACGUGACUACCACUUACGACUAUGUUAUUAUCGGGGGAGGGACUGCUGGAGCUGUAAUUGCUACCCGUUUAGCAGAGCAGCUAUACAGCGUAGCAUUGAUUGAAGCAGGGUCACAAUACGAAUCCGAAUCAUUGGCUGCUCUGCCCGUCGCCGAUGUACUUCCUGCAGGGUCUGGCUCAAAAACCAGCGCAUCUAUCGAUUGGGGUUUUAUAACCAAGGGGCAACCAGGGGCCAAUAAUCGAGAUAUACAUUUUGCACGUGGAAAGUGUCUAGGUGGCAGCUCCGCGUUGAACUUCAUGAUAUAUCAGCGGCCAACCGUAGAGUCAAUGGAAAAGUGGGCGGACUCGGUAGAUGAUAGCAGCUAUAAUUUCGAUCAAGUGUUUACAUAUUACAAAAAGAGCACGGCGUUCACCCCACCAAACAACCAAACUCGCUUCCCCAAUGCAACUGUGGAAUACCAACCGUCUGCUUUCGACACGAGCGGCGGGCCAUUACAAGUGUCAUAUUCAAAUUAUGCCAUGCCAUUCUCCACUUGGAUGAUGCUUGGUAUGGAGGCAAUUGGCAUCAAUCAAACCGAUGACUUCAACUCGGGAUCUCUCUUUGGUACCCAGUACUGUACCUCCACUAUUCGUCCGUCCGAUGAGAGUAGAAGCAGUUCAGAGUCGUCUUUUCUGGCAACAGCAAAUUCUAGUUCCUUACUACGUGUUUACCCGUCCACACUGGCGAAAAAAAUACUUUUCAACAACGAAAAACAAGCAACUGGGGUCGAAGUCUCGUCCUCGAUCUCGACAUUUCAGCUGAUAGCCAACAAAGAAGUCAUUCUGUCCGCAGGUGCAUUCCAGUCACCUCAACUAUUGAUGGUCUCUGGCAUUGGGCCAUCUGAAAUUCUUCAGAAAUACGAUAUUGAAGUUUUAUCGGAUCUUCCAGGCGUUGGGCAAAAUAUGUGGGAUCACCCCUUUUUUGCGCCGAGUUAUCGUGUUGGGGUGGAAACUUUGACUAAAACUGCGAAUAAUUUGCUUGACCUUGGAGCAGAGUUUCUCACAUAUGAAACCAAUCAUUCCGGAAUAAUAACUAGUCCAAUUGCAGAUAUGCUAGCCUGGGAAAAGAUACCUAGCGACUUGAGAGCCAAUUUCUCUUCACAAACCACCGAAGCGUUGUCAUGGUUUUCCAGUGAUUGGCCGGAGGCUGAAUAUAUAUCAGGCGCUGGCUACAUUGGGAAUUGUUCAAACCUUUUUGCCACCCAACCCAAGGACGGGUACCAAUAUGCAUCCAUUUUAGGCGUACUAGUCGCGCCCACGUCUCGAGGAAAUGUCACAAUCAACUCGAGUGACACAUCAGACCUACCAGCAAUUAACCCUAAUUGGCUUGCGACGGAGAGUGAUCAGCAGGUAGCCAUCGCCAUGUUUCGUCGUAUCAGAGCGGCAUUUCAAAGCAAGGAGAUGGCCCAAAUCAUUAUUGGAGACGAGUAUUUUCCUGGAAACGAGGUUCAGACAGAUGACGAAAUCCUGGAGUUCAUUAAGAACAACAUAAUGACUCUAUGGCAUCCUGCUGGAACAUGCAAAAUGGGUACCAAGGAUGAUUCAAUGGCUGUUAUAAAUAACAAAGCGCAAGUGUUCGGCGUUGAAAAGCUUAGGGUUGUUGAUGCCAGCUCGUUUCCUAUAUUACCACCAGGGCACCCUCAGUCUACCAUUUACAUGUUGGCAGAAAAGAUUGCAGACGAGAUUGCGAAUGGUUCGUGA